AAUAAUUCAUCAAUUUAAAACUUCAAUCUUUUCUGUUAACUCCCACACCCACUUCCCGGAAUUCUCUCUAAAACUAAAUCCAUCACCAUCUCAGUUAAAACACUCAGUCACAUCAAAAUUCAACUUCCACAUAGACGAAGAAUCAAAAUUGAUCUUCAAACGCCAGGCCUCUUCACCACUGCAACCGCCGGAAAACAACGAAUCGCUUCACCACUGCAACCGCCGCUAGUGACAAAUGGUCAUGGAUAAAUCAUGGAUUUCGUCCGACAGAUUAUCAAAUGCAUAUGACAAAGGCGUGGAAGAGUUUUUAGAGUUUGCGCAAAGUAAUAAUCCUCAAUUGGAUGUUAUUCCAUGUCCUUGUGUAAAUUGUAUCAAUUUGUGUCAUCGCUCUAUUGAUGAUGUGCGUUAUCAUUUGUUUGCCCACGGUUUCGAUGAAAGUUAUAAGGUCUGGUCUUUUCAUGGAGAAAAACUUUCGAAGCUUGAUUCUAGAUGCCCUAAUGAAUCUAGACCUCCCGACUUUAUUAAUACAAAGGAAAUGCUACAUGAUGCCUUCAAUUAUGUAGAGAAUGAACCUGAUUCAUUGAAAUCACUUCUUGAGGAAUGUGAUAAACCACUUUACGUUGGCUCAAAGUAUAAUGCACUUAGUGGAUUGUUGAAAUUUCAACAUUUGAAAGGUCAAUUUGGCUGGUCUGAUGCUAGUUUCGACGCUUUGUUGGGUGUCCUAAAAGAUGUCUUACCAUCAAACAAUACAAUUCCUACCUCGAUAUAUGAGGCCAAGAAGUUGUUAAAAGGAGUAGGUAUACAAUAUGAAAGGAUUCAUGCAUGUGAAAACGAUUGUGUUCUAUUCUGGAAAGAACAUAAGGAUGCUUCUCAUUGUCCAUCUUGUGGCACAUCUCGUUGGAAGAAGAAUACCCAAAACGUGCCUUCAAAAGUUUUGUGGUAUUUUCCUCCCAUCCCUAGAUUUAAAAGAAUGUUUUCGUCACCAGAAAUUGCACAUGACUUAACUUGGCAUGCACAAGGUCCAGUCAAUAAUGGUAAGCUAUCUCAUCCUCGUGAUUCCCCCUCUUGGAAGCUUGUUGACAACACGUGGAAAGAAUUCGGAAAAGAAAAUCGGAAUCUUAGGUUAGCCUUGUCCGCUGAUGGUAUCAAUCCUCACAAGUCGUUAAGUUCCAAGUAUAGUUGUUGGCCGGUUAUCCUAAUAACAUAUAAUCUUCCAUCUUAUUUGUGUAUGUCAAGAAAAUUCAUGAUGUUGACUCUAUUGAUAUCGGGGCCAAACCAACCUGGUAACAAUAUUGAUGUCUACUUGGCACCAUUGAUAGCAGAUCUAAAACUCUUAUGGGAAACUGGCGUUAAAACGUUUGAUGCUUAUAAGAAAGAAUACUUCAAUCUAAGAGCAAUAUUACUCUGGACUAUAAAUGACUUUCCCGCAUAUGGUAAUCUUUCUGGGUGUGUUACGAAGGGUUAUUAUGCUUGUCCAAUAUGUUCAGAAAAUACUUGUUCACAAUGGUUACCAAAGUCCAAAAAGGCACAUUUUGUGGUUGACCCAAAGAGCCGGAAGCAAACUAUUCAAUCAAUUGGGACAAAGUGGAGAAACUUCAAACAUACUCUAUACAGGGAUUACAUUGAGACACAAAAAGAUGACCCUGAGGAGAAGAAAAGUUUACUUAAUCCUCCUCUUAAGUAUCCGUUCUUGAAAAAAGAAGACUGGAAACUAUUUGUAGCACAAAGAACUUCAAAACAGUGGGAGGAGACAAGUAAGAAGGCAAAGAAAGUCCGCGCACAUCAUAAAUACAAUCAUCAUUUGAGUAGAAAGGGAUAUGCCAGACUCACUACUGAGAUUAUGCAAGAAACCGGCCUGGAGGAAGAGGAGAUUGAUAGGGCAAUGUUGUGGAAACGAGCUAGAGAACUGAAAAUAGGAGGUUUCGACUCAGAUGUCCAAGUGGUAGUUGAUAGAAUUGACAAGCUUAAGGAAUCAGAUUCUGGAGAGGGCACAUGUGGAACACAUGAUGUGCUUACCCAGGCCUUGGGUACUGAUGAACAACGUGGGCAUGUACGCGGGAUGGGCAAAUUUGUAACUCCACAACAAUACUUUUAUUUACCCAAUACUGUCAAGCAUUACAUGGACACUGAGAAGAAGAAGUAUGAUAAACGACUCAACAAGCUUGAAGAUGAAUUAGAGAAACUAAAAAAAGGUGUGAACAAUGCGUCAGAAGCCGAAAGUUGCCAAUGGGGUAAUGAAGAUCUUGAAGACAACCCAGAUGAAGAACCACUUGAUAUGUCAUGUUUUCUUGCGGUUGACAAUGCAUCAAACAUAGUCGCCAAAGGAACUAUACUGAUGGAUACAAAUGAAGAGGAGUUCCUUCGAGUCAUGUUGGAAAUAUGUUUACAUAGAGAAGCAUUACUACCAGUUCCACUUGAAGAGGAGUUCAUUAUGGAGGUCGGAGAUGCAAUUGGGCAGAUACUGAGUUGGCCAAGACAUCUAGUCAUUCCAUGCUCUGACUUGGAAAAAAUGUUGGCGAAACCAAAGACAAAACCCGUGAAAGAUUUAAAAAGUAAUAAACAAAUAAAACAACUAAGAGGAACUAAUGAGGAAAACGAAAAAGAGCUUGAACAAAAGAUUGUACAAGUGGAAAAGGUCACGGGAAAAGAAGUAAUAAGUGAAAAAGAAAAAAAAAACGGAAAAGAGAACCUAAAGUGGAAAAUGAAAAAGAGAAUGUACAAGUGAACGAAGGCAAAGGGGGGAUGACGAGAGCACAAAGGAGGCCAAGGUUAAGAGUUGAAAACAAUGCAGUUUUGACAAUGACUGCAUUGGUGGUUGACGCACAAGUUUUAAAGGUUGAUUCUAUAAAAUUGCAGUGUGUGGACGAUCUAUUUGGGUACGAGAGUUUCACAUAUUUAAAUUGGGAUGAUUUUGAAGCAAUUUUUACAUUGGAUGAGCUGACUGGUUCUGUCAUCACUGCUUAUAUGAUGUUCUUGUAUGAGCAAAUCAAGAAUGGGCCAAAACUUGAUCAUGGUAUUUGUUUUGUGAGCCCGAGUGCAAUCUCGCCAAG